CUCACUGUCCCAUCUCUCUCUCUCUCUCUCUCUCUCUCUCUCUGCACUUUCUAUUCUCUCUUCACACCAAACCAACCGUUCUUUCUAGCUCUGUACCUGACCAGUAAUUUCGUUUUUGUUUUAGCUCAGAACCACAUUUGUCGGCGGCCUGGACUCUUCCUCCACUCAGAACUGCCAGUUAAUCGACAUGUCCCCGGAGAAAUCCCUUCUCGUUCCCGAUCCGGUGGCGCUCCGCCGCACGAAUUUCAGCCCUCCAGAUGCCCAUUCUUCAUUGUAGAGCUUGCAGGGAAGUAUCAGUGCACGCACCAGCUUUUCCUUUGCAUGACAAACAGUUCCCUCAUGAAAGCGUUCUUCACCUACAAGUUCCUAUGCUUUCUUUUUGCUAUUAUUACAACGACCAUUCUGCCCCUGGCUCUUGGUGAUCUAAAGUCAGAUGAAGAAGCUCUUCUUGCCUUUGCUGCCUCCGUUCACCACGGUCGAAAGAUUAACUGGCAUUCUGGGGCACCUAUCUGCUCAUCUUGGGUUGGCAUUAAAUGCAGUGGAGAUGGAGCCCAUGUUGUAACCAUUCGGCUUCCGGGAGUGGGACUCGCCGGUGAAAUCCCUGAAAACACCCUUGGAAAAUUAGAUUCUUUGAGGAUUCUGAGUCUUCGAUCCAAUCUCAUUAGUGGAACCCUUCCUUCUGACCUUACUUCGCUUCCCACUCUCCGUAACCUCUUCCUCCAACAUAACAACUUAUCUGGCCAUAUACCAACAUUUUCCAAACAGCUGAACAUUCUGGAUCUCUCAUAUAAUUCCUUCAGUGGUAGCAUUCCUCCUUCAGUGAUUCAGAAUUUGACCCAACUGACUGUAUUGAACCUCCAAAAUAACUCUCUAUCUGGACCUAUACCAAAUAUUACACUUCCAAGGCUAAAGCAUUUGAACUUUAGUUACAACCAUCUCAAUGGCUCGAUUCCAUUCUUCCUUCGAAGGUUUCCCCAUUCUUCGUUUGUAGGAAACUCUUUCUUAUGUGGAUUGCCUUUAAUUCCCUGCUCUUCCCCUCUUCGGCCACCACCCCCAUCUCACAAUGCCCCUUUACCACAUGCUUCUGAGGAACACAGACACAGAAAGAAACUUAUUAUUAUUAUUAUUGCUGCUGUAGCUGGUGGGGCCGCAGUGAUCUUUCUAGUAGCUCUAAUACUUCUACUGAAGAGAAAAGCAAGUGACGGUAGGGGUGUACUAAAAGGAAAGCCAUCUGGCGUAGGAAGGAGUGAGAAACCCCGCGAAGAAUUUGGAAGUGGGGUGCAAGAGGCAGAGAAGAAUAAGCUGGUUUUCUUUGAAGGAUGCUCCUACAAUUUUGACCUUGAAGACUUGUUGAGGGCAUCGGCGGAAGUUCUUGGGAAAGGGAGCUGCGGGACAGGGUAUAAGGCUAUUCUAGAGGAGUCUAUAACAGUUGUUGUCAAGAGACUCAAAGAAGUCGUCGUUGGAAAAAGGGACUUCGAACAACAGAUGGAGAUCAUAGGGAGAAUCGGACAGCAUCCAAAUGUCGUUCCUUUGCGUGCUUAUUAUUACUCCAAGGAUGAGAAGCUUCUAGUCUAUGAUUAUUUCUCAAGAGGCAAUUUGGCAAUGCUCCUGCAUGGAAAUAAGGCUGCCGGGAGGACUGUCUUGGACUGGGAAACCAGAGUUAAAAUAGCCCUAGCAGUGGCAAGGGGGAUUGCCCAUAUCCACUCCAUGGGUGGCCCCAAACUCACUCAUGGAAACAUAAAAUCCACAAAUGUCCUCAUCAACCAAGAAGAUUCCGACGCACGCGUCUCUGAUUUCGGGUUAGCCCCUCUGGUGAAUGCCCCUGCAGCCCGGUCUCGGCACCCGGGGUACCGUGCCCCUGAGGUGAUCGAAACGCGAAAGCACACCCACAAGUCAGACGUGUACAGCUACGGCGUGCUGCUACUGGAGAUGCUGACCGGGAAACUGCCCGUCCAAUCCCCGGGACGCGAUGACGUCAUGGUUGAUCUCCCAAAGUGGGUCCAGUCUGUGGUGAGGGAAGAGUGGACUGCAGAGGUGUUUGAUGUGGAGCUGAUGAGGUUCCAAGAGGUUGAAGAAGAGAUGGUUCAGAUGCUUCAGAUUGCAAUGGCGUGCGUCACAAGGGUGCCCGAAAUGAGGCCUGCCAUGGACGACGUUGUUCGGAUGGUCGAAGAGGUACGGCAAUCCGACCCCGAAAACCGGCCUUCUUCUGAAGAGAACAAGUCCAAGGACUCAAAUGUGCAGACCCCUUGAUCUUCUCCUUCUGGAUCCCUGACCUCUUAUUGUUAUUACUGAAGAAAAUUAUCAACACCUGAUUGAUUAUGAUCUUCUUUUUCUUGUGUUCGUUUGACAAGAAGUGUUGGUGCAGCAUUUUAUUUAGAAAAUUGUAGUAGCUGAAGGUGGAAGUUGGACAUAUUUUCUGGCACACUAUAUAGAGAGACCCUAAUGACAGUGUUACAGUAUUUACUAGAAAUUUUCCAAAUUGGUACCCUUUUUUAGGGCGGUUUGGUGAGAAAAAAAGAUAUGAAUUUUG